AAGAGAUUUCGCGGUGAACUGCACAGGCAGCAAACGUCUGUAAUGUGUUCGACGGGCCAAUCAGUGUUGUGUUCAGGAACGCUGACCCAGCUCCGGCAGACAUGCGCGUUCCUUCUCCGCCGACGGGUGGGGAAACGUGCGCUCCCACGUCCACGGCCCCCAAUGCAACAUGGGACUCCUACACGAAUCGAUGGGACUUGUGCGGGACAGCAACCGCCGUCUACCCCGCAACGCUGCCGACCGCCACAUGGCAAUCGCUGUAGAGAACAGACCGUGGCCGAGGAGCCGGAGGGCAUGGUGGGGGGACCCCAACGCGGGCGUGGACACCUCGCCGUCCCCGUCCGCCGCCGCCACCGCCGCCGCACCGACGCAGGGCAAUAAUGAUGUGUGGUGGUGGCUCAAGAACCCGAACGGGUACCAGCCCUCGUGUGCCGCGUCGCCGACUUUCUCAAGCCCUUCAUCUUCUGCUGUACAUCAUCGCCCUCAUCUUCGACACCCAAACCCACGUCCACGUCCCACAUCCACAUCGCCAACCAUAUCCCUCCAGCCCCACAGCCUCCUCCUCAUAACAACCUCCUGCGCCUCUCCCGCCACCCUCCGCGGCCUCUCCAUCGCCCCCCUCUCCUCCACAUCCUGCACGGACACCGCCUCCAUCCGGUACGCGGCCACGGACUCCCGCACGACCGCCAAAAGCGACCUUACAAACAACAACCGCGUCGAAGUGCGUGAUGGCCACCCUCGGCGUGGGAGGCGGCGAAUGCGCCCUUCACCGGGACGCUGACGGGGAGGAUCGGAUACGUCUCCGCUAGCUCCAAGCGACACAUGCACAGGCCAGGCCCCCCGACAACCCAUCCUCACCGCAUGCAUCGUCGUCCCCAACGGCACCCCCUCCGGCGCCGC